UUUUUUUUUCUUUUUUAUUCAUCGACAGUCGUCUUAUUUUCCUUUAUUUUAUUCCUUCAACAGCAGCAUGGCUGCUUCUCGAGUAGUCUACCCUGCCACUGGGCAACUACAAGACAUCCACCUUCGCUCGGCCUCCCCAUCCAUGGCCCCGUCGGCACCAACAAGGAUACGAACCAGCGGCAUUUUCACGCGACGUCUCUCACUUACAGCUGCCUCUGUUGCCAACACAGUAGCUUCAUCCUCUCUCUUCGGAUCCUCUCCACCCCCAGCACAUGGCUCCGGGUUCUAUCAACAAAGCUCGUUUUUCCGCUCCUCCAAUUCUACAGUCCACAUUAACCCAGCAGCCAGUUCUUCCUCUAUCAAUGUCUCUUCGACUGGGAAUUACUCCAAUAACAGUAACAACAGUGGAUCUUCAAUGUAUAAUAACAACAAUGGUUCAUCAGCAACAAUAGCUGAGGGCUUUUCUUCCAGGAGGCAGCGCACGCGCAGUACAAGCCACCCGCCACCUCCCAAGUAUAAGACUUCUCGAACACCACAACUGCGCAUAUCAUUACAGGAUUCUACUGGGAACCUUGUUCUCUCACCGCCAGUAAUGGCGCCUGGCGAGUCCAUUCGAGGACAGAUCCACUUGGAGCUGCCCAAAGCCACACCAGUACACUCGAUUGAAGUCCUCUUGACAGGAACUGUGACAGCAUUGGAUGGGACACGCCUGGGCUCGAUGAAAACGGUCACGAUAUUGGAGGAGUGCAAGACUGUGGCAACAGCAUCAAUCACAAACCAGAGAACAAAUACUACCCGUCGCCAUACGACGCCCGCACCCACAACAGGAACAGCUAAUAGUGGUACUGCUUCUGCUUCUCAGGAUGGUCAUUCCCAUAGGGGACGUGCACGCAGAAGCAGCAUGAUGGGUGGUACUUCACAGGACAGGGCUCGCUUCCCAGCCAUGCCUAUCCAGAAUACUCUUGCUGCAGCUGUGACUGCUACAUUAGCAGCACAAGGAGGACCUGGCGCCAUUGAAUGCAGAAGUAGGCUCAUGUCAAGGACUUUGUCAAAUCCUUCACCAUACUACGCAUCCGGCGCUGCAGCGCAAACGGUUUCAACACUGUCUCUCCACCGUUCUGUAUCACCUUCACUUGCCAAUUCCCGUGGCAGGAGAACGAGUUUCUCUGCAAAUGUGGACACAACGCUAGCUGGAUUCAGCGUCAAUGGUGGUGGGGGUAGUGGCGGUAGUGGUACUAGUAAUACUGGUGGGAUCCUUGGAAGGAGUGGAUUCAGUAUGAGCAUGGUCAACGUUAGUACUACAUUUCAUGACCACGAUGCCAUGAUGGAAGACGAUCCUUCUUUGCCAGCAGCACCAUCUUACGACCCCCCAGAUUAUGAGAACGCUGUAGGCUCAACCGGAGGCGAGCGACCCUCAACUGAUUCUUCCAGGACCGAUACCUCAUCAGAGCAAGCUAUCACAGUAACUGUCGAUAGUAGCUCAGAAAGGAGGACAUCGGAGCAAAUUGACGAUACAGUAGCAGCAGUAUCUAUUGCUAACUCUGCCCAUAGCUCAGACGAUGUCAAUAUGGAUAGAAGACACUCUUCUCAAAAUGAUCAAACGGACUAUGCCACUGCACCAUCGACAUCGUCUUCAUCAAUAACUACAACUACUACUACCACAUCAACAACUACUACAUCAUCAGUAACAACGGCUUCUCCUCCAGCAGAACCAGUAGAGCCUAAAGCAGUGUUGAUGCAACCUGGCAAUUAUGUGAUCCCUUUCUCAAUCCGAAUCCCUGCCAACUCAGUCAUGUCCCUACCGGGCUCAUUCUCUGAUCCCGUUGGUAGUGUCAACUACCAACUUCAAGCGGUUAUGAAACAAAUCCUUCCAAGUCCUGAUCCUUGCAAUUCCAAAGCAUUGUUAGUCGAACCUACCUUUUUUUCUGCAACUCAGGCCAUCAAACUAAUUCCCAUGAACGAUCCUAUGAACAUGCCUCUGUACAGUAUCCCAUUUGGGACAGAGGCUGUGAGGGCAAACGUUGGACAUUGGGUCUGGUCCACAGGGUUUAUGGAAGCCCGGGCAUGGGUUCCUAAACAAGGGUAUCGUCCCGGAAGGAUAAUCCCGCUCGUGAUUCAUAUUGUGAACCAUUCAGAUGCGAAGCAAGUUAGUGUCGAGACCACGCUCUGUAAGUGCCUACAUUAUGGUUCUGGCCUUUCAAAGGUCCGUGCGAUGGGUAUUGCAGGACAGGGUUACCUCUUGGAUUCAGCAUUCACACAAUCAGAUCCCAUUGAGCCUUCAGAAGAGAUUGUGUCUCCGAUUGCGAACAAUAAUGGAAAUAUUCCUGAAGGAGGAGGAGAGGAAGAAGGGGGGAAUGUGGGCAGUGGAAGACGACGAUUGGGACGGAGGAGAGCUGGUAGUCGAAGCCAGUAUCCAGAAAACUCUAUGCCUUCACCUCCUGCAUCGCCCAACAGUUCAACCUUCCCAGCAGAAGGAGACGAUGCAUGUGAGGGACAGGACAAUAGUGCACAGAUGGCGAGAUCGAUUUCAAGUCAAUGGGAAUCAAGUCAUUCCAAUAGCGGUGAUAGCAAUGGGACCCCUAUCAGCUCAGGAACCAUUGUUUAUAGCUCUGAGAACCGCUCUGGUAUGACGUCACCUACACCAUCAAGCCAUUCUACGCUGACAUCCUCUGCACAGCAGCAACAGCAACAGCAACAACAACACCAGCAGCAGCAAGCACCGUUGCCGAUUGUCCAACAUCUGCGUGAAAAGAUGGUGAAAUCUAAAACACUAGUCAAUUGUAGUCUGGCAGUUGAUCGUGAGAUCCAAAAGACGAUCCUAGUUCCAAUCCCACACAGUGCAGGCUAUUCCAUCUUGAAUGCUCCUCUUUUGGAAGUAUCGUAUGAGAUUGUGAUCAAAAUCAAAGCAGAAAAGGUUUAUUCGCGUACAAUCCGACUGUCGGUCCCGAUUGUGGUGGUCGUACCAGAAGAAGGUGAUUUGAUGGAGGAGGAUGAAGAAGCAUUGCUGGUGAGUGCAGGAAUAGAUAGCCCGGGGAUGUUAUCCCGAGACAAUUUGGGAUUGGCGUUCAGCGGUGAUGAGUUUGAUUAUGAUUUGGGCGACCAGGGUGAGUGUCCACCUUAUGAGGCAACAGCUGGAUCUGGGCGUCGGCGCAGCCGUAGGUGAAAAACCCCUAACAAGGAACCAAAACAACAAGAAUGGGUCCUUUUCUUUUUUUUUUUUGUAAAUUUAUUUCUUCAAGUAUGUAUU